AUGGACGAGGUGAGGGUUACGCGCCCAGUCCAUCAUCGCAUGUGGGAGAAAGAGGAGUGUCUCAGUACCUUUGGCCUACUUCCCGAUAUCAGAGUAGAGACCUGGCCCUUUCUCGAACGUCUUAGACCUCACUUGGGCCCACGUCUCCCCUCCGAUCACACCCCUGAACUCGGCUCCGUCCUCAGAGCCACGAUUGCUGACCUCAUCCCCCUCCCCAUGCUCACCAUUGCUGCCGUCACUGGCCACGCCACUGCCGGUGGGUUCAUCAUCACCCGCACGCACGACUACGUCGGCGACAGGGGAUUCAUCUACAUGAGCGAGCUGGACAUCGGCGUGCCGAUCGCUAUGUACGCGAUGUCGGAGUUGAGAUCGAGGAUUUCGGAUGCGAGUGCGAUGAGGGAUUUGUUGCUGAGACCGGAGAAGAUGGAAGGCGGGGAAAGCAGAGAGGAAGGGGGCGAUUGAUAGGGCAGUGGAGGAAGGGACGAAGGCGGUGGCCAUGGCGGUGGCCGUGAGGACACUCAUGAGGAUAUCUCAAGG